UAUAAUAGUCAAGCGUUUAUUAAUCAACAAAAUCACAUAGCGGAAGUAUGCAUAAUAUAUUUAUAUUAUAAUAUGGCGUAAUGUAUUUAUAUCUUACAUAUAUAAUUUACAGCACAAUACAAUUAUUAUUAUCAACAACAUAAUAUUAUAGUGAAUUUAUUCAACAAUUGGAAUUUUUCCAUUACAAAGUACCAUUACUUAGAAUUGUAUGACAAAGUGCAAUUACAAUUAAUUAUUAUUUGUUCAAAUAUUUAGUAAUCCAACCUUACACCUUCAAAUAGAUUUUUGUAAAUUAUAAUAGUCAUGGAGAAGUUUGAUAGUCCUCCAUUGUGAAUGACAAAAAACCAUCAUCACAACAUAAUUUAGCCGAAUUUAUCAAUGCAAAUGCAAUAUUCAAAGACAAUCAUAUUGAUAUAAUACUCGGCAAAGGCAAAGCAAUUGCUGCCUGGUAUGCCUUGAUCAGGUGAACAAAUGCAAUAAUUACAAUACUCAUAGAUAGCACUGUUGUCAAACUUAUAUAGCAAAGCAAAGACACACCAAUAUGAUGGGUAUGCCUGAUCUGUUGAUCAGGUUCAGUUUGUAAUAAACCAUGAAUAAUGACAAGUUAGGUUCGGCUUUCCUAGAAUCUCAAAGAGGUAAAAGAAAGGUUUGAAAGUGACUGCUCAUGGAGCAGUAACUCAAAGAGGAGCGCAAGCAAGAGGACGACUUCGAAGAGGUCCAAGAACCUAUUGAAAGUGACUGCUCAUGGAACAGAAACUGAAAGACAAGCGCAAAAAGAGGACGACCUCAAAGAGGUCCAAGAACCUAUUGAAAGUGACUGCUCACAGAGCAAAAACUCAAAGACAAGCGCAAAAAGAGGACGACCUCAGAGAGGUCCAAGAACCUAUUGGAAGUGACUGCUCAUGGAGCAGAAACUCAAAGAGAAGCGAAAGCAAGAGGACGACUUCGAAGAGGUCCAAGAACCUAUUGAAAGUGACUGCUCAUGGAACAGAAACUGAAAGACAAGCGCAAAAAGAGGACGACCUCAAAGAGGUCCAAGAACCUAUUGAAAGUGACUGCUCAUGGAGCAGUAACUCAAAGAGGAGCGCAAGCAAGAGGACGACUUCGAAGAGGUCCAAGAACCUAUUGAAAGUGACUGCUCAUGGAACAGAAACUGAAAGACAAGCGCAAAAAGAGGACGACCUCAAAGAGGUCCAAGAACCUAUUGAAAGUGACUGCUCAUCGAAGCAGAAACUCAAAGAGAAAAGAAAGCAAGAGGACGACCUCAAAGAGGUCCAAAAACCUAUUGGAAGUGACUGCUCAUGGAGCAGAAACUCAAAGAGAAGUGAAAGCAAGAUGAAGACCUCAAAGAGGUCCAAAAACCUAUUGGAAGUGACUGCUGAUGGAGCAGAAACUCGAAGAGAAACGAAAGCAAGAUGA